CCUCAUAUCCCAGUCUGUUUGGAACGUAGACAUGAAUCAAACCUUCUGUACCGUAGUCCCUAUGUGACCAGUGUUGCUUGGCAAAUUUUUAUCCUUGACGCUAUAAUUGCUUCCUUGUCUGUGUGCAACAACCAUGGAUCGGACACUGGAGAAGCUGUCACAAUCACUCGAUUCCUUGAUUAAAAAGCCGGCUGGCUCGGGGAACGGUAGCGCUGGAGGCCGUGGAGCGGAAAAUCGAGGGACUUCGGCGGGGCGAGGAUCGGCAAAUGGACGUGGCUCUACAGCAGGCCGAGGCUUCCAAUCCACAGCAGCUCCGCGGCAGCCGUCGCAGAGGCAGCCAAUUCCGAGCCCACAACCAUACCAAAAAGCCUCGCAGACGCAGGGUCAUAAGCAAUCGCAGGAUAACAGGCAAUCGCAGCCAUUUAGGCAACCGCCUCAGCCCAAGCCGCAGCCUCAGCCAACCAAAAAGCGUCCAGCAUCCGACAUUUCUGGACUUGCGGCCCUUCCGAUCGAGCGGAAGCUAAACCUGUCCUUAGAUGACCUUGCAAAGUCUGCGACGACGGCUCCUAACGCCAAGGGGGCAGCUAGACGCCAGCCAGCAGCCCCAGACGCACAGCCCCACCAGCAACAGCAACCACAGCGGCACCCAACCCCCAGGAUAGGCGGUCGCGGCCGAGGUGCCCCCGACGCUGCGAACCGGGGCGGCCGCACUGCUCCCGCCCGCGGCGGCUUCAGCAACCCGGGUCGCGGCGGGCAGUUCAGGACCGCCAACACCACUACCGCCGCUCCCAACUACCCCAAGCCCAAGUACCAGCUGAUUAACAGUCCGGGACGCGGUCGCGGGCGCGGCGGACCCCCAGGCGGUGGCCGCGGCCGUGGCCGUGGUCCGGCCGGCCGGGGGCAUAUGCAAGGCGGCGGCAACAACAACAGCAACCUCAACCUGCAACGACGGCAGACGGGUGCGCAUGCGCCCAUCCACCACUCGUUCAGUCUUGAUGAGGAGGGGGGUGAGGAGCAGUACGAGGAGCUGGGGGAGCACGAGGAGGAGGGCUACGAGUACGACGGCGAGGGCGAGGAGUACUAUGAGGAAGGGGGUGACGGUGGCGGGUACGACCACCCGGGCUAUGCGGAUGAGGAGCUGCUUGGGGAGGAGGAGGAGGUGUACGGCGAGGAGGGAGAUCUGUACGACCAGUACGACGGCGGCGAGUGCCAUGACGACAUGGAGGAGGGAGAUUGGCAGGCCGCGGAUGGCGGUGGCUUCCCCGCG